GACUCGUUGUUGGAUUGUUGCGGUCUGUUUUCCUGUGUGUUGUCGCUGUUAGCUGCUACUGCUCGUCGUUGUCGGUGCCGUUUCUGCAAAUAUUAAUCACCACACAACCGGUGGAAACAUUCCCGCUCAUCUGUGCUGGAUUUAUAAACACCGAGCCCGGCAGGAAACAUGUCCACCGCCCUGGAGAGCUACAUUAACCGCACAGUGGCUAUCGUCACCUCCGACGGCAGGAUGAUUGUGGGCACGCUGAAGGGCUUCGAUCAGACCAUCAACCUGAUCUUGGAUGAGAGUCAUGAGCGGGUGUUCAGCUCCAGCCAGGGGGUCGAGCAGGUGGUGCUGGGACUCUACAUCGUCCGAGGAGACAACGUGGCGGUGAUUGGCGAGAUCGACGAGGAGACAGACUCCACUCUGGACUUAGGAAACAUCAGAGCCGAGCCGCUCAACUCUGUCGUCCACUGACCCUCUGACCUUCGACCCCCACUGUCCUGGUUGCUGUCUCCGUGGCAACAUUGUGACUCGCGCUGUAUCUGAAAUCACUCCCUCACUCUCUCCUCUAAUCAUCUUCAUUUUGUGUCGUCACUCAGCUUUUGAGUCACACAACUGUGACUAUGCUGAGGGCUGCAUUCAGGAACUGUCGGCAGAAAGUGAUGCAAUACUGUUUUUACCUUCCAUCGUGUGGCGUUCAGGGCACUCUGUACAUGACAAAUUUACACUCAGAUAAAACAGCAGAAGGCAGGAAACAGGGAGUGAUUUAAGACACAGCAUCAUUGUGUGUAUGAAUGUUACAGGAGCCUGUUUAACACUGGAUCAGCUGAGACCUCGAUUCUGUAAUAUGGACUAAAACAGUUUAAAAAUAAAUAAUUUAUCCAGAAAACUGUCUGACCUUUUGUCAGUAACAGGCUCCUGUGGCGACGCCUUUCUGUUUGAAUUUUUUAUAAAUAAAGAAGUGAAUUGUUAAAGUU